AUGCCCCGCGCCUUGCCGCCAAUCGAGGGCAAGAGAGAUCCGCAGACCAUUAUUUCCCCCUCUGUCAUAGAGAGUGUAGCGGGAUUCAGUGCUGGAGUGGUAUCAUGCCUUACGGUACACCCACUAGAUUUACUGAAAAACAGAUUGCAACUCAACACAGUCUCCGCAUCGCGACCUGGUGAUUCUUUCCGAAUUUUGCGCCAUGUAAUACGUGACGAAGGUGGUGCUCGAGCGCUGUACAGAGGACUAUGGCCGAACCUGCUUGGAAACUCGCUGGGCUGGGGACUGUAUUUCUUCUUCUACCGGAACAUCAAGGAUGUGUUCCAGGCGCGGCGGGGACAUGGAAACCAGCUAUCAUCGGCUGAAUUCUUUUCCUCUGCCACCAUAGCAGGCCUCCUAACCGGAGCUUGCACGAAUCCGAUUUGGGUCGUGAAAACCCGCAUGCUCGAGCGCGGCGCUAACCAUCCGGAGGCAUAUAAGAGUCUGUGGUACGGGAUGAAGCACGUAUACCGAACGCGGGGUCUCAAGGGGUUGUGGGCCGGCUUUAUCCCAUCCACGCUCGGCGUCGCGCACGGCGCCGUGCAAUUCGCCAUAUACGAGAAAAUGAAGCAUUCGCGGGGCGACGCUGUUGGAGGACAGAAGAACUUGAGCAAUUUGGAUUAUAUCUACAUGAGUGGGAGCUCGAAACUGCUCGCGGGCGCAAUCACGUAUCCUUACCAGCCGAUCCGAGCUCGUAUGCAGCAAUACGACGCUGCGAAUAGAUACUCUGGACUUGUGGAUGUCGUGAGGAAAACAUGGCAGAAUGAGGGCUUUCUUGCAUUUUACAAAGGAGUUGUGCCAAAUACCCUACGAGUUAUUCCGACUACGGUCGUCACGUUUGUCGUUUACGAGAACACGAAGAUAUACCUACCGCAACUCUUUUUAGACGAGGAGAUGGCUCAUGAAGAGGAUUGA